AUGCGUAUCGGAAUGUUUCAACCCAAGGAGCUUUAUAAAGAUGAUCGGAUAAGUCAAUUGCCCGAUGAUAUUCUGGUCGAUAAUAUCCUUUCGUCUUUUCUUUCGGUUGAGGAAGCUGCGCGUACUAGUGUUCUUUCGUCUCGUUGGAUCAACCUGUGGAAAUACACGCCUCGUCUCAAACUAGACGGAGACGAACGAUUAGCCACGCUACGUAGGCAGUGCAUGUCACAUCGCAAGUUGAUCGAGACCGAGGAACGUAACUACGUGAGGCGCGUGAACCGUGUCCUCCAAUCGCACAAAGCCCUCACCUUAAAAGAAUUCAGAAUCCGUUUCGCUUUAAUAAUAACGGACCACGCAUCACUCACUCGGUGGCUUGAAUUCGCGUUUGCGAGACGAGUUGAGAGUUUGGAGUUUGACCUUCUAGAUAGUCAUUAUCGUUUUCCCGAAAAGCUCGUUUCUGCGUCACUCGUCGACUUUAAGUCGCUCAGAUCAUUGAUCUUUAGGAAUGUUCAUGUGAGUAACGGACCUAUUGAGUUCUUUUUACGUAACUGCCCUUUACUCGAGAAAUUGAUCGUCUGUUACUCUAGCGAGCUGUCGAAUCUUCGCGUUUGUGGUUCUUCUUCGUCAUCCCUCGCUUUGAAACACUUGGAGAUAGUUCGUUGCAAUGGUAUAAAAUCGAUUGUAGUUUCCGCGCCAAGUCUUACUUUUUUCAAGGCUGCGACAUACGAUCGAUUGUUGCUUGAGCAUAUCCCGAUGCUAGUUGAGGUCGAUGUUAAUCGUACAGACGACGAUGUUUCGUUGAGAGUUCUAUUAUCUGAAUUGUCUUGCUGUUCACAAUUGGAGAGACUUCGUUUGACUCUGCUGAGUGAGGAACAAAAUGAGGUAUUGAGCAAGCUUCCUCAACUGCGUAAACUAAAGACGUUGGUCGUAACAUAUAUAUUACAAGGUUCCGAGAGUCUUACUAGACUAGCUGAUUUGAUAAGUGCAUCCCCUUGCUUGGAGGAAUUUGUAUUAGAGUGCGAGUGGGGGUUUUUUCGGAAGAAAGAUAGUCAAGUGAAGGAUGCUCCUAUAAAUCGACACCACCACCACCUUAAAGUCGUCAAGUUUCGUGGAUAUCGUGGUGGUCAGAUUCGUGAUCUUGAAUUCAUCGAAUACAUAUUGGAGAAUUGUCUAGUUCUUGAAAAAUUAAUUAUUGAACCCUCUGCAUCUAAGAAUAAUACGAUAGAGAUGGAACAAACCGCACGAGCGAACACAAAGCAUCAGCUUGAAUCACGGGUGCCUCCACACAUUGAAUUAGUUAUUCUCUAA